AUGUCAUCGCCGAGUUCAAGUAAUACAGGUGAUAAACAAGUACCUCGUGAUGAUGAUGGUGGAUCAUCAUCACAAUCACAACAACGUGACAGAAGUUACAGAGAAGAUGUCGAUGAAAUUGAUGCAUUAUUUAAGGAUACAAAUAAAAAAGAUAUCAGCAUAUCGGAAACCCAAGGAGUUCGCUAUGGUAAAUGCAAAUGGUUUAAUGUGGCAAAAGGAUGGGGUUUCAUUACGCCCAAUGACGGCGGACAGGAAGUGUUUGUACAUCAGAGUAUCAUCCAGAUGACCGGUUUUCGUUCACUGGGCGAACAGGAGGACGUUGAAUUUGAAUGCCAGCUUACCGAACGUGGUCUUGAGGCUACCCGAGUGUCAGGACGAGAAGGUGCCGAUUGCAGUGGAAGUACAUUCCGCCCAAGGCCAAAGAAACGAUACCGUAGAGUUCGUUGUUACAAUUGCGGCGAAUUUGCAAAUCACAUAGCAUCCAAAUGUGAGCUGGGACCACAACCAAAACGCUGCCAUUUGUGUAAAAGCGAAGACCACUUAUUUGCCGACUGUCCAAAUAAAAAGACAACAACCCAAGACAGUGAACAGGGCGAACAAGAAGAAUCUGAUGAGACAACUUAACAGUGGUGUUUGAGAGUACAAAAAUCCUUGGGCAAUAUUCAGGAAUUCAAUACUUCUUUUUCUUUUCUACAUUUUUUCCAACCAAAAAUAUAAAAUUUAUCACUUCAUUGA